GCCAUUGAUUGCAUUGAUUGAGUGACCGGUGUUUAUAUGUUUUGAUUGCAUGUUAAUUGCAAUUAACAGCAAUUGAUUGCCAUUUGAUUGUCUCUACAGUUGGUGUUAAUUGCAGACAAUUAUGUCCAUCAAUACGCCAUUGAAUGCAUUAUUUGUAUAUAAGUUAUAAUUAUAAUGCAAUCAUUUAUUCAAUGAAAACUUUUGUAUCAGUUAUCGCACUAUCAAUCAGUGAACCAAUAACCACAUCACCCAUUGGAUCAAACCAUUUGAACUACUCUUAGGAACAAAUAUAUGUCAAUAUAUGUGUACAAAUAGUUGUCAUAAUAAUAAUAAUUAGUAAUAAAACAGUAAUAAUAAGCAAUUAAUAAGCAAUUAAUAAAAGCAAUCAAAUUAUGGGCAAAAUAUUGUCGAAAAUAUUUGGUAACAAAGAGAUGAGGAUUUUGAUGCUUGGAUUAGACGCCGCCGGAAAGACAAGCCAAUCGGUGACAACCAUCCCGACGGUGGGCUUCAACGUGGAGACCGUCACCUACAAGAACGUCAAGUUCAGCGUUUGGGUCAGUCCUCAGUCCUACCAUUUGUCACCACUGUUUGACGUUGGCGGUCAGGACAAGAUUCGGCCGCUUUGGAGGCACUACUAUACGGGAACUCAAGGCCUCAUCUUUGUGGUCGACUCGGCGGACAGGGAUCGCAUCGAUGAGGCGCGACAGGAGUUGCAUAAGAUUGUCAACGACCGCGAGAUGAGGGAAGUGAUUAUCCUGGUGUUCGCCAACAAACAGGACUUACCCGACGCAAUGAAACCGCAAGAAAUCCAGGACAAGUUGGGGCUCACGAUGACGAGUCUGCGGCAGCGGAAUUGGUAUGUCCAGCCCGCCUGUGCCACCACUGGGGACGGCCUGUUCGAGGGCCUCACGUGGCUUAUGUCCAAUCACAAGACUUAAUUGGUUUUGUAGAUAGAAAUCGACGUUUAAAACAAUUUUUUGUAUCGAGUAAUAUAAUUAUUAUUAUUGAGUCAUUGCUUGGAGAGUGACUAUAUUUCCACAAAUUAUUUAUAUUUUGUAAUUUUUAUCAUUUUACAGUUAAUUUGAACAAUGAUUUUGUUUAUUUAAUACAACGUUGGCUUAAAUUUUUAUAUAACAAAACCAAUUUGUAAACUAAAAACACUGAGAUUUUUGGUAUUGAGAAGCAAUUCAUGAG